AGCCUCGUCGGUCUUCCCCGCUCCCGUCUCACUCCGCACUCCUCUCGUCCCUGUGUGAACUGCCGCCAUGUUCUGAGGCUGGAAUGACAGUCAAAAGGUUCUCGAAGGGUCAGAGAAGCAAUCUGUGACCUUACAGACAAUAAGCUCCGGGUUUUCGGCGAACGAGUAGACCUACUGGUAAACACGGAACUCCCAGUCAGCGGCGGUAAGUCAGUCACCUUGCGGGACUACAGCGCUCUGUGUCCGGGUGCAGCGCGUCUCACCUACGGUCUUUGAUUUUCGCGUGUAGGGAAAUUUCCCAAAGACAUUUGUUUUACCUCCGGAGGGUCGACCGAGGCCCUCCACCCGUGUGGCUGCUGAUCGCCUCUAAUUAUAGUAUCAAAGGACCGGUGUUCGCGUAGGAAAGCAACGGAAACCAUGAUUGUGCAAUAGAGCCGAGACGUUGUAGUUCUGGUUGGACCACAUCGUCGUUGGGAUCGACGCGAUCAGAUCCGGACUGAACCGAUCAUCACCUGCGAUAAACAGACUCCAGUCCUGCUCACAUUGAGGUUUAAAACCAAACGAUACAAGGAGGAAUACUGGUGUUUGCACCUAUCGUGUGAAUCCUCCGAGGACUGCGAGGAAUACCUUCAGGAUGACGACCAGCACCCCUGCGGACAUGAUCAAUCUCCGGCUGAUCCUGGUCAGCGGGAAGACGAAAGAGUUCCUCUUCCUCCCCAGCGACUCGGCCGCCGACAUCGCCAAGCACGUCUACGAGAACUGGCCAAUGGAUUGGGAGGAGGAGCAGGUGAGCAGUCCCACCAUCUUGCGGCUCAUCUACCAGGGUCGUUUUCUCCACGGCAACGUGACACUAGGAGCUCUCAAGCUGCCCCUGGGGAAGACCACGGUGAUGCAUCUCGUUGCCAGGGAGACGCUGCCUGAGCCAAACUCCCAAGGUCAGCGGAACAGAGAGAAGACAGGCGAGAGCAACUGCUGUGUCAUCCUAUAAACCCCCCACCUCUCCUCUUCAUCCUCCAUACUCUUCCUCCUCCACCCCCCUCCUCGCUACACUGGGCCUUCCCACCCUACCCCUUUAACCCUGGGCCUGGCACACACACACACACACACACACACACACACACACACACACACACACACACACACACACACACACACACACACACACACACACACACACACACACACACACACACACUAUGAGAAGGCAGGCAGGAAACACAUAGUUGAUAAAGGGUAUUGAUUACUGAUAGGCGAGAUUCCUUUGAUGUACUUGAUUGAUUAUGAUUAUGAGAACAUUUCGUGGCAGGAACUGGAUCCUCAAACUGUUGCAUGAUAGGUUUUAAAUGUUCUAAUGUGUUUUCCGGGCCAUAGAAACACAAACCCUGUCAGUUUUGUGUCGUUGAACCUCAUCUCGCAACCGCACAGACGGAAUUAGCCCGAGGACCCCCAUUUCAUUGGCUAUGAGUUUGAAAAGCACCCGCCUUCAGAAACGGAAGUUGUAAUUGGCUCGGACACUGCUCUCAGUGCACUCAGUCCGCUCCGCCCUCUGUUGUGCUCUGCCUGAGUUCCUCCGGGUUUUCAGGUGACUGAGGUGUGGCUCUGUAACGAGAGGCCAGACGCAGUGUGCUCGUCUGUAUCAGCAGUAGGCUCUCAGCCGGCCAUUCUACCUGCUGGUGUUUGAGUGACGUGCUGCCCCAGUUUCUGCUCGUGGCCUUUGCCCUCUGAUGUAAACACACAACAUCGUGCCGCACACACACACACACACACACACACACACACAGACUGCAUGUGCCCUUAAAUGCACAACUGAAAAAGUGCAUAACAGAGCGUGUGUAUAUAUAUUAACUCACUCGCUCAUGAGUCAUUGCCUAACCCAAACACAAACACACACUCACACAGACAGACUCACACAGAAGCAAUGUGCGGCUGGUGGUGUUUUUCGUGUGUCAUCUAUUUUUUGGGGGCAGAGGGGUCAUGCUGUUGUGGCUGUUGAACCCGAACCGAGCAUUGAUGUGGUGACACCCCCACCCCCCGCCUCCCUCCCCCCCAUCUCCUAGUCCAUCAGAGGACCAGCGAAGAGGCCUUGCCCCCCCCUGCCCCCCCCCCCCCCCCCCCCCCCCCCCCAAAACCGCGAAACCACGAUGGAUCUAAAUGACAAUUUCAGUUGGGAAAUGAAAUUGCCAGCCGAUAUAUUCAUCACAUUUGUUCUUUUUUAAUCCUUUUCUAUUAGAGAUUAACACCCGUCCCUCCAGUUUCACAUUGUCCCGUCGCCCUGAGAUGGUGAAACGUCCUCUGUGUGGAAGCAUGUGCUCCUCCCAUCUGAUUCUAAAUUAGAAAAAGACAAAAAAAGGUUAUUUCAUUUUUAGAUUAUUUUCCAAUGGGAAAAUGUUUCAAACAAAAGGUGACGUGUAGAACAAUUUAAUAUUAAUCUUAUAUAGAACAUUAUGACUCUAAAUAUUGAUUUAUAUACAGUAUAUUGGUGUUUAGUCUGAGAUUAUGUACACGGUUAGCUUUUAGCCUGUUCACUGUCAGGCGCUGUAUGCGUUUUGAACCUAAACGCAGAGAAUCCUUCCCCGAAUCAUGGACGGAAGAUUUGUAUUCUCUUGUUUUCACUGCUUUAUUUUUCUUUCAGUUGUUCAUAAUUUAAUGUAAUCAAAAAGUUUUGUGUUAUUUGUGCUGUUUUUGUUUUAAUGAAUUGCUUUCUAACAGAACUAGGUCUUAAGAAUAUUGUUUAUAUUGAUCAGGGUUCAAAUCUGUACAGAGAUAAAUAAUCUUUUCAAACCAAUUGUAAAUAGCACUAAUGCUCCCUUCCCCCUUCCAAACUUCAAGUGGAAUACAUCUGUAAACUAAAUAAAAAAAUACUAUUGAA